AUUCAUAAUAUAAUAAAUUAUAAUGGGAACUGCAUGUUAUUCUCAUUAAACGAGAAAGUAGCAUCUUAAUGACAUUAGAUUUGGAUAACAGAAUCUAGUGUUUAGGAUGGUAAUUUCUGGUAUAAAGGUUAAAAAUAUUCAGCAGCAAAGUGCAUAUGUGAUAGUUAAAGUGAAUGAACAUGUUCAUAAGACAACAAUGAUCAGAUAUACAAAAAAUCCGCAUGUAAUAUUACUUCUUUAGUAUAGUGGCCAUAAUCGUUUGCCUUUGAUUUACAUAUUGAUCCUCAAAGUAUGCACACUCAAUUCUUUACACUUGUACAAUUUUCAAAUAUCCUACCAAGCAAAUCCUUGAUGAUUCAGAUAAAGUUCAUUAUAGAAUCAAAUAUACCAUAUAUGAAAUUGCAAGUGGUCCAUAACAUCAUGAUAUUUUAUUCAGUGUAAUACCUCUUCAUUAAUUUAGAACAAAUCCUCUAUUAUUUUUGAUAUCAAGGUUGCUCAACGAUUACAUUUCAAAAUUAAUACCAAAAAUAUACGUUGUAUCCUAGAAUAAUAAUUGGGUGAUAUUGCAUAUAGUUUUCUAUUGAAAAUCAAAUCUUAGGAAAAUGAAUCUCAAUCAGCUAUCUCUCCUAAAUAUAUGAAUCCAACUUAUUCAUCCAAUGAUGAUCUACCUUAUAAAUAUCAACACAUUAAAGGAGGAUCUCAAAGACAUGUCUCUACAAAAAAAGCCUUAGAAGCUAAGAAUGAAAUACUUUGGGAAUUCAGAACUGAAGAUUCUCCAUCGAUGGAAUUUGAUAUCUUUGCUGAUGAUUUCCAAAUUACUACCUUUGUUUUCCUGCUUUAUGCUAAUAAAUAAACAAAACAAGAAGAAUAUAAAAGAAUCGGAAGUACAUAUAUUAGUUUUAAUAAAUUCUUUUAUGAUAAUACUGCAUAAAUUGCCUAGACUGAUACACUUUUAAUUCAAGAAGCUUAAUUAAAUGAAUAAUUAAUUUCAGAUGGUACCUAUAUAGGAAAUUGGGCAGGUAUAUUCAUAAUUAAAUCUAAUUAAUAUGUUAGUCAAUCGAGUGGAGUUAAAACUGAGACUGGAGUUGUUAAUUAGUCUACUCUUUUAUUGAAAAAGGCGAAAUCUAAAAAUAAUACGAAUAAGGAAGUAGAUUGGCUCAUUGGAUUAUAAAUUAAAGUUGAGACACUCUCAUAAAUAAUGAGGGAUAAGAAAAUAAAGGAUUCAGAGAAAAUAAAAAAUGAUAUAUUAUCCACAUUGGCUGAAAAUCAUAAUAUAAAAUAUCAAAGUGUUGAUGAUAUGUUACAUAGUUAAUCAGUUUAAAUUAAGUUAUGGAAAUACUUAUUAGAAUAGAGUACAAAAUAAGAAACUGAAAUGGUUAAGGAAAUAUGUUUUACUGUGCUUAGUGAACUUAUAUAUAGAGAUGAUAUGGAUUUAGAUCAUUUGAGUAUUGAUACUUAAGUAGAACGUAUUCAUAAUGCUUAAUUAUUUCUUACUUUAAUGAUUAAAAUUAUGCCUCUAUGUUUGUAAAGAGUUGUUGAUACUUCUUGUUCAAAUAAAGAACAUGAUUUUUUUGUUAAAUUUGCUGUGCUCUCUUAUUUUAGAAUACCAUAAUUUAAAUAAGCUCUCUUUUCGGAUAUUGAUAAUAUCUCAAUCCAUAAAUUUUAUGAACUUGCAUUUAAGAAUGAAAAAGGAUAACAAUUAAAAAAAGAACUUGAAUCCUUGAAAUUGGAUAUGCCAAAUAAAGAAAUUGUACAUUUUUAUUAUCCUUUUGUUAUUUAAUGGGUAAACUUUGUUUAGUCUAAAUUUGGAUUAAAUGUUAAUUGGUAAAACAUUUAAGGCUAUGAUGAAAUUGUAUAAUUGUUACUUUCAAAUAUCUAACUUAAGAAUUAUAAAUUUAUUGAAGCUUCUUGUGCAAUCAUUAAUAAUUCCAUGUUGCUUAGUAAAUUUAUUCAUAUAGUAUUUAAUUAAACUAGAGUAUAUGAUGCAAUAUAGGUGUUUAACACUUUAAACAUUGUAGAUAUCUGGUUAUAAAAAGUUAAUUAAAAUUAUCAUGCCUUACCUACUAAUUUUGAUUAUUCUUUUUUCUUUAAGGGAAUCAAAUUAAUUUUAAAUGGAGAUCAUGCUGUUUCUAUUAGUAAAAGUUUAUAAAUUUUAUAUAAUAAUUUUCAUCUUAUUACAAGUAAGAGUUAUUUUUAAAUAUUAAUAUAGCUGAACCAAAAAAAGAAUUAUGUGAUUUCUUAUUUAGUACUGAUUUAUUUUUUAAAAUAUUUAUGCAUUGGAGUCCCUUAGUUAGAAAUACAUUUAUACAUUUAUUAAUUUAUAGAAUCCAACAUCGUCAUAGAUCUUUACAAUCAGGAUUUGAAAAGAUAAGAGAUAUCAAUAAAGAAUUAUAAUAUGCAUUUUUUAAAGAUUAUUCUCAAAAAGAACGAGAUCAAUUAAUUAAUGAUAUGAUUUAUCUCAAAUAUUCAUACAUCAUUUAAAUUAUUAGAAAGAUUUACUAAUAAUUUUAAUUGUACAAUGGAGGCAAAUAAUAUGUCUAAAAAGUUAUUCAAGAAAGAAGUCUUAAAGCAAAACUUAUUAGAAAAAAAGCAAAAGAAAAAAAAGAAUAAUAAUUAUUAGUUGAAAAAUAAAAUGACUAAGAUUCGACAACACUAAAAAACUCAUCCAGAAAAAGUGAAUUACCAGAAAUUAGUUUCUAAUCUUAAGUUAGUAAAGCUUAAAGUGCUGUAGGUUUUGCAGAAAGACCUAACAAUUCUAUGAAAUCACUUGAUGAUGAUAAUCAUUAAAAUAAAGUAGAAGAUGAGUAAGUACCAGAUAAUACACCUAUUGACUCUGAAUUUUAUUAGAGUUUCUCUUCUUUUAUUGAUCUAAAUAAAAUACUAUUAGAAGUAGAAUAAGAAUAGGAAAAUGAAGAAAAUAGAAGGAGAUUACCUAAAAAAUUAGAUAAAAAAUGUCUCUCUCCUAAAAAUAUCACUAAAUAAUAAGACAUGAAAAUCUUAACUAGAAAAUUCCCUGAACUAGAAUUCGAAUCAUCUGGACUUAAAGCAUCAAAUCUCAAGUAUCUCUAAAUAGCUUAUCAAGAAUACACAAUUGUACAAAAAGAAUAUUUAAAGUAAAUUUAAUAUCUCAUAAUUAGAUGGAUUAAUCAAAUGAAAGGCAACUAAAGAAACUUCAAUUAAUUUGAUUAAGUCAAAGAUCAUUAGGUUCCUCUUCUAAUUAUAAGAGUACCAAAAGAUGAAUCUAAUUAAGAAGCUCCUUAAAGUGAUGAUUGA